UCCUGAAGUUAUAACAAUCUUAACAGACUAAAACAUGCGAUUUCACAAGAAGAUUUUGAGAAUAGUCUCCAUCCUUUUUGUGAGUAUCACAGUCUCUCUCUUCUUACUAAACUCUCCCAGGACGAAUUGCACUAAAAAGACAGAACUGGACUUGAAUCACUUACUAAAGCAGGAUGUUGGAGAACUACAGGCUUGCUCUGCAAUCAUCCAAGGAGACAUGGAUGGAGUGGACAACAAAAACUUUGGGAAUCUCCUGGCCUCAAAAAGAAGACAUGUUUUGCUAUCAGAGUCAUUCUAUCUUAAUUCAACCAAGGACUGUCAAUACUACAUCAAAUACAGAGGGUUUCUGACAGUUCCUCUCAGCAAGGAAGAGAUCGAUUUCCCCAUUGCAUAUUCCAUGGUGAUCCAUGAGAAGAUUGAGAUGUUUGAAAGGCUGCUGAGAGCCAUUUACAAUCCUCAGAAUGUGUACUGCAUUCACGUGGACCAGAAGUCUCCUGAGAACUUUAAAGAAGCAGUUAGAGCCAUUGUAUCCUGCCUGCCUAACGUUUUUGUUGCAAGCAAACUGGAGAGUGUGAUCUAUGCCUCAUGGUCUAGAGUUCAAGCAGACAUCAACUGCAUGCAGGAUCUGCUCAAGUCACCCGUCCAGUGGAGAUACCUUCUCAACACUUGCGGGUCUGAUUUUCCCAUUAAAACAAACAGAGAAAUGGUGCAGUCUUUAAAACAUCUGAAUGGAAAGAACAGCAUGGAGUCUGAGGUCACAAAUGAAUACAAAAAAAUGCGCUGGCAGUAUCAUCACAAUGUUACAGACUCUGUCAUUCAAACCAAUGUAAAAAAGUCACCGCCACCAAUAAAGUCACCCAUGUUCUCGGGAAAUGCUUACUUUGUGGUUUCUAGAGAGUUUGUGGAUCACCUCUUCCAAAGCAAAGAGAUUCAGGAUUUCAUGGAAUGGGAGAAAGACACAUACAGUCCAGAUGAGCAUAUGUGGGCUACGUUACAGAGGAAGCCCUUAGUGCCGGGAUCCAACCCUUCCAACAGCAAGUAUGAGCUAUCGGACAUGAAUGCAAUUGCUCGUCUGGUCAAGUGGAGCUACCAUGAAGGGGAUCUAAAGAAUGGGGCUCCCUACCCUCCAUGUACUGGCGAAUACAGACGGGCAGUAUGUGUCUAUGGAGCUGGGGACUUGAAAUGGAUUUUGAGGCAGCACCAUCUCCUUGCAAACAAGUUUGACCCAGAAGUAGAUGAUGUAGCAAUCAAAUGCAUAGAGGCUUUUUUGAGGUACAAAUCUAUUUAUGGUCAGUCAUUAUUAACUGUUAAAAAAUCUGAUAUUAUUUUAUGAUGGUGUUACGUAAUACUGUCUGUAUAUUUCUGUAAAUAUUGUGGGUAUGAAUCUUUUUUUUAU